GGCCGGCAGCGGGUGAGCGCCGCAACCCCUCGGGGGGCCGGAGCGGGGCCAGGGCUGCCCCCGCCCGCCCGGAGGCGGCUCUAAGCACGGGGGCGGGCGGCUGCUCCUCGGCGCUCCGGUGCCGGCGUGGGGCUGCGUGGGGCGCGCACGUGUGGCGGCGGGGGCCGAGCGGCUGGGCUGGGCUGGGCGCGGAGCGGGGAGGGAGGCAGGGCCCGGCCGCGGCCCCCGGCGGGGCGCUGGGCGCUGCGGGUGUGCAUGGCCCUGCGCGGGCGGCGAUGGCUGCGUGAUGGCCCAGCGCGGGCAGCCCGCACCGCACGCCAUGGCUGCCAAAGAGGAGCUGUACAGCAAAGUCAUCCCCCGGCGGAACCGGCAGCACCGCGCGGGGACCAUCAAACAUGGCUCGUCGCUGGAGAUCCUGCUGUCAAUGGGCUUCCCCAAAGCUCGGGCACAAAAAGCACUGGCAUCCACAGGUGGAAGAAGUGUUCAAGCAGCAUGCGACUGGCUGUUCUCCCAUGUGGGUGACCCAUUCCUUGAUGACACCCUGCCCCGGGAGUACGUCCUCUACCUGCGCCCCACCGGUCCCCUGGCUCAGAAGCUCUCUGAGUUCUGGCAGCAGUCAAAGCAGAUCUGUGGGAAGAACAAAGCUCACAACAUCUUCCCACACAUCACCCUCUGCCAGUUCUUUAUGUGUGAGGACAGCAAGGUUGAUGCUCUCACUGAAGCUCUGCAGGCCACUGUGAUGCGGUGGAAAUGCAAAUUCCCUGCCCCUCUGCCUUUGGAGCUCUACACAUCCUCAAACUUCAUUGGGCUCUUUGUCAAGGAAGAAAGUGCUGAGGUGCUCAAGAAGUUUGCUGCAGACUUUGCUGCAGAGGCUGCUUCUAAAGCAGAUGUUCAUGUGGAGCCCCACAAGAAGCAGCUCCACGUGACACUGGCCUAUCACUUCCAGACCAGCCACCUGCCCACGCUGGAGAAGUUAGCACAGAACAUUGAUGUCAAGCUGGGCUGCGACUGGGUCGCUGCCAUAUUCUCCCGGGACAUACGCUUCGUUAACCAUGAGACUCUGCAAGUGAUCUAUCCUUACACCCCCCAGAAUGAUGAUGAACUGGAGCUGGUCCCAGGGGAUUUUAUUUUCAUGUCCCCAGUGGAACAAACCAGUACAAGUGAGGGCUGGAUUUAUGGCAUUUCCCUUGCAACUGGCUGCUCCGGGCUACUGCCUGAAAAUUACAUCACGAAGGCGGAUGAAUGUGGGACCUGGGUGUUUCAUGGGUCCUACUCAAUUCUGAAUACUACAUCCUCCCCAUCCCUUCAAGCCUUCACUGAUGGAGCUCUGGAAAGAAGACAGCAGGAAGACCAAGGACCUGGUGAUGCAGGGCCACUCACUAUCAUCUGCCAGAACGUGCAGCCCUUGAGAAUAACCAGCCAGCCAGGGCCUCAGAAACGCUGCCUGUUUGUCUGCAGACACGGGGAGAGGAUGGAUGUCGUGUUUGGGAAGUACUGGUUGUCACAGUGUUUUGAUGCCAAAGGGAGGUACAUGCGCAGUAACCUGAAUAUGCCUCACAGCUUACCUCAGAGAAGCGGCGGCUUCAGGGACUAUGAGAAAGAUGCUCCCAUCACCGUGCUGGGCUGCACACAGGCAAGGCUGGUUGGUGAAGCCUUGCUAGAAACAAAUACCAUUGUAGACUACAUCUACAGCUCCCCAUCCCUGCGGUGUGUACAGACAGCACACAACAUCCUGAAAGGGAUGCAGCAAGAGAACAACCUGAAAAUUCGAGUAGAGCCAGGCUUGUUUGAAUGGACCAAGUGGGUCUCUGGGAACACACUACCUGCCUGGAUACCCCCUGUGGAUUUAGCUGCAGCUACUCUAAGCGUUGAUACAACCUACAGACCUCAUAUUCCUGUCAGCAAGUUAGUGGUUUCUGAAUCUUAUGAUACAUAUAUAAGUAGAAGCUACCAAGUAACAAAAGAAAUCAUCAGUGAAUGUAAAGGCAAAGGAAACAACAUCCUGAUCGUGGCACAUGCGUCCUCCCUGGAGGCUUGUACCUGCCAGCUCCAAGGGCUCUCGCCGCAGAACUCCAAGGACUUUGUACAGAUGGUCCGAAAGAUUCCAUACUUGGGGUUUUGUUCGUGCGAAGAACUGGGAGACACAGGUGUUUGGCAGCUCACCGACCCCCCUAUCCUCCCUCUCACACAUGGACCAACUGGAGGCUUUAACUGGAGAGAAACCUUACUGCAGGAAUAGGCAAAGCAAGGAAAACCCAUGGCCUUCCUAAGCAUUGGAGAAUGUCUCUUUCUUGUGUUUAUUGACAGUGGAAAAAGUCACACAAACAGGUGUCCUAGCAUCUCUCACACAGCCACAGUCACACAACAGCUCUCAUCUACAAGCAGGGAGUGAGAUACAAGGGGGAAUACAAAAGGGAGUGAGAUUCAGGGGCGGGGGAAAAAACCCACCCCAACAAUAUACUAAAAUACAGACUGAAGGUCUUGCACUGCAGGGAGUUUCUGUUUAGUCAGUAGCUCAGGUAGGCUUUCCCACCUUGAAUGGAGCUCUGAUAACACCAAUAUCUUUCACUGCCUUCUGCACCACAUUAGAAACAAGUAGCACUGUGUAAAAAUGGAGCAUUCAGGAGACAGGGUUGGGGGUUUUCUUUGUUUUGUUUUGUUUUUUCAACAUCUACUUUUGCAAAGCAUUAGCAGGCUUGUUCAGGACCACGUGUUGACACCUCCCCCCCACCUCACUCACAACCCCCAGCUUCUCAGCACCUUCCAUAAAGUGCAUCACCACCAGCUGGAAACAAGAUUCCAGCAUUGCCUCUGUGGGCAGCAUCAGAUUCUGCCUCUCCUCUACUUGAGUUCUGUGUUAGGGGAUGUGCUGGGCAUACCAUGGAUGCAAAGAUUGAUGGGUGCUGAUCCACGUCAGAAGGAGGUUCUGAAUGUCACAUCAGUUACAGAUGAAGGCUGCACAGCAAAAAGAUAAUCCCAUUGUCAACAAAGCAGUUUGGGGAGCAGUUUCUUUUAAGUGGAGAUGAAAUAAGCCUUUUCCAACCAAACCUGGAUGAUUUAGAAAGCUGGGAGGAGGGUGGGGUUUUUUGCCCUUUAUUUAUUGCAAUCCACCCUUGUGCACAGCUCUAGCCUAAAGUGUCACUUAAAUUCCCUUCAGGGAAAAGCUUUUCCCUCUUUUUACUGACAUUUUGUGCUGGCCAUUUACACAGUGGUGGCUUUCUGUCCCUUGUGAGCUUUUCCCUCAUGCCUGGUGAGAGUCUGCAGUAAGCAGCUUUCUUCAGGAGGUAAUGAUGACAUGAAAAUGACACUGAAAUGCAACUUCUGCUGCUGCAUGCUUUGCUUCCUUAAUUCCUAAGUGCCACCUAUCAUAAAAAUCAAAGCAGAGCUGGGAAAAACAGU